AUGCAUUGGUUUCUGAGUCUCCCACCAGAACUCAUCUUUCAGGUAUACUGCAGUCUCGACUCCAUCGGCGAUGCAUAUUUUCUCUCCCAGGCCUGCAAGCAGACUUACUAUAUCUUCAGCCGACCACAGAGCCAUCCAAAAAUCUUCGAAGCAAUCAUAGUAGGCUCUUAUAACCUAGCUAAUCCGCACCUUGCCCCAACCCAAGCCUGGCUGGAAGCACAGUUUGGUCCCGGCUCACUUUGGCAACCUACGGAGGCUAGUCUACCAGAGGAUCUAACGGACGAAGAGACUCUUGAAUUCCUCCUAGAUGUGGGGUUUCCUUCAGUUAAUCUCCCCCGCAUCGGCUUUAACUCUAUCUUUUUGAGACGGCUUGUCAACGAGGAACAGAGAUUUUAUGGGUGUACGCCAGAUGAUCUCUAUAUAAUGCUUCACCCUGAAGAGAGAGACAAAAUACCUGCACUUAGCUUUUGUUUCGGAGAAAUAUCUAGUCAGCUGUUCUAUGAUCCACUUGGGGGGCUUUAUAUGAACUGUGACAGAGGAAUAGUUGCAUACGGGCUGGAUACCUUUGCAGUGUUAUUGGGAAUGGUGGUCGCCCGUCGGGUUGAGGUCCUUAUGAAUCCUCUUGAUGUACUACGGAAGAAAUUCGGGGAUUAUGACUUUGCCGCGGACUAUUACUCUGAGUUUUGGGAUGAAGUAUUUAAUAAUUUGCUGGUUUGGGGAAUGUAUACUUGGGAUUAUUGA